AUGAAGCCCAUCAUCGGCCUAACAGCAGUUGCCGCCCUCGUCUAUCGAGCCUGGGCUCGUAAGUCGCUCACCCCUCUUGGCUUGAUCGUCGCCGCGAUCUCUGCGACCGCCCAUGCCCUCCACCCGUGGUCAACACCGUUUUUGCUGCUCGCCGUAUUCUACUAUGGGGGAACAAAAGCUACCAAGGUAAAACAUGAUGUGAAAGCGCAUUUGACCCUCUCGGCGACCGGUGCUGAAGGGGGCGAAGGACCACGAAACCACAUCCAGGUGCUGGCAAACUCGGGCGUUGCGAUGGUUCUGAGCAUUGUGCACACAAUGGUCCUGGCCAGAUUGCCCGCGCAGACCUGUUUUGGUCAUAGCUCUGCAGAUGUUCUGAUGGUGGGGGUUGUAGCGAACUAUGCCGCUACCGCUGCCGAUACAUUCUCCUCUGAAUUAGGAAUCCUCUCUAAAUCGAGCCCUCGCCUUAUUACAUCCCUCACCCUCCGCCAAGUGCCUCCGGGUACCAAUGGUGGCGUGACUGCCUGGGGUCUUGUUGCUGGCCUGAUGGGAUCUUUCACAAUUGCUUUGACUUCUGCCAUUUUCCUUCCAUUCUGCGCCGAGUCGAGUAUUAAUGACCGUCUUAUGUGGACGAUGGCCAUCUCAUUCUGGGGUCUGAUGGGAAGUGUCCUAGACAGCGUGCUGGGCGGACUUUUACAAGCGAGUGUUGUGGAUAAGCGCAGUGGCAAAGUUGUCGAAGGAAGUGGCGGCAGAAAGGUUCUCAUUCAUCCGGGAUCCACCAAAGGGGCGCCAACUACAGGAACCCCGGAGAAUGCCGCAUCCGAGGGAAGCGCCCGACUGCACAAGACCGAGGCCGUCAUGAACACGGCGACUCUACGAGGAACGCGAGCCUUGGGCGAGUCGGUGGGUACUCAAGCCGGGCAAGCUCACGACGGUCACGAGAGCCGACGGAUUGAGACUGGCCAUGAUUGGCUGGACAAUAAUGGAGUGAACGUUCUUAUGGCGGCUCUCAUGAGCUUGGGGGCCAUGUGUAUAGCACAGUGGGUUUGGGGCGUGGAUGUGCGUGAACUGUGGGUUUAA